UCCCCAAACCACAAACCGCAAAGAGCUUUUUACCUUUUUGUUUUUUUAAAUUUCGCAACAAAUGCCUACAAUUCGGAAACGACGCGCGCCUGAGGUCGCGCAAGAUCCAGAAUCCUCCGGCGAAGAGUCACAGUCUCAACCGCGCCCAAAUCAGCGGCGAAGGCACUCGUCCACGCCGCCUCCGGAUGAUGCUGCUGCUGCUGCUUCCGAAGAUGCAGGCGAUGACGGCUACGGCUCGGACUCAGGCUCGCAACCUAGCGCCAUUCAACCGCUGGCUCGCAAGCUGUGCCGAUACGCUCUCUCCUGCGAGUACGCUCGACAGCCCAUCCGACGACCUGACAUAAACGCCAAAGUGUUAAACCCGAGCUCGGGACGUAUCUUCAAGCAGGUGUUUCUAGAGGCACAGAACAUGCUUCGAGACGUCUUCGGCAUGGAGAUGGUCGAGCUGCCUGUCAAGGAGAAGGUAACGCUGCAGCAGAAGCGCGCAGCUCAACGACAGGGCAAGGACUUGGGGGCAAGCAACGCGAACUCGAACGCCUGGGUCCUAGCCAGCACGCUGCCUGGAAAGUAUCGCACGCCGGAUAUCGUAGGGCCAACCGCGGCUCCAACGCACGAGCAGGAGGCCGCCUACACGGCACUUUACACGUUCAUCGUAUCGACGAUAUACCUAGCCGGUGGCACGAUCCCGGAAUCUAAGUUGGAACGAUACAUGAGGCGCAUGAAUGCAGAUCGCAACACGCCGCUAGGACCAACAGAUACUGUGCUUAAACGGCUCAUAAAAGACCAGUACAUUGCCAAGGUGGUAGAUCGGAGCAACCCGACCGAAGACAAUGUUGAGUACGUUGUUGGACCCAGGGGGAAGAUCGAAGUGGGCGAAGAGGGGGUUAGGGGCAUGGUAAGAGCGGUGUACGGCAGCGGGACAGCGGACUUGGAAAAGAAAUUGGAGAACAGUCUAAGAGUUGGAGGUGCUGCAGAAAGAGAUGAGAAGGGAGGGAAAGGCGGUGAGGUGACAAAUGGGGCGACAGCUUCGAGUAGGGCAGCUCAGGGGAGGUCGCAGAGGGGACGACGAGCUGAGAAUGCGAGACGGGACGAGGAGGAGGACGAGGAAGAAGAGAGCGAUGAGGACGACUGACGCUAGCAUCAGACCAAUCGAAUGCUUCAGACAGCAUUCUCCAUUGGACUACGUAUCGAUCGUAACACCGACGUCGUACGCGUCAACGGCAUGAACACGCGUCGUCGAUGAGUCACAAGCGGUCCUUGCUAGAGCGUGGGAACAACUGGUUUCCUGGCGAAUGUUGACAGAGAAACAUUUUCCAAGACUUCGCUGGGCUAGGGGCCAACAGAACAGGAGAUCGACUUCGUCGUCGGGUCGUCGUGCCGCUCGAGAGGAACUGCGGACGCUGGACUACAGAGGGGAUUAAUAAUCCCGUUCAAGGCUCCCCGCUUUUUGCGCGCCAGAACGCGAGACACGGAAACGGGGGCAGGCCGUUCAGAAACACCCGUGAGAGUGCAAAGCGGUACUGUCAAAGCCUAAGCAGCCCUUUUUUUUUUUGCACUGGUAACCCAUGUAGCGCAUGUGUACGUGUGUGGGGUGCACCAAUCGAUGAACACGACUGUCGUUCCGCAUAAUCCAGCGCACCAAACAUCAUACUGAGAUAGCAGUACAACGUCACCGACCUGUUUUCCGCCUUGUGUGCAAACCAUGUGCCCAGCGCCUCGCUCGGCUCCAUGACUUCAACUGCUCGCAGCGAAACCACGUAGAAAGGCU